AUGAAGACAAACAUUCUAACGCUUUUCUUCUUCUUCUUUGGUGUUUUUUGCGCUGUGUCCACAGAACAAACUUCAAAUGGAGACGAAAACGACGAGAAAGAAGAAGAAAAUAAGUGGAUCAAAGAAUUAGAUGAAGAUGAAGACCAAUUUCACAAUGAGCAAAAUCAAAAAAAAGUUUACCAUGGUGUGAAUAAAAUAAUUUUCCCUCCGCAUCCGGAUAAACUGUGGCAGACUUGGUAUGGACAUCAACGAAAACGGAACCACAAGGAAUUACCUAUCACCAUGAUAGAGAAACGAAAUAUGGAGGAGAAAAAGUUGGACGAGAAUGAGAAUCACGACCUUUUCAAUCUUGACGAACGAGAAGAAGACCUAUCCAACAUGAAUUAUAGAGACGGCAGAAAUGUAAGGAAAGAAAGAAAUUCAGAUACAUUUAACUCAGCGACUAAAUAUAAACCUCCCUUAGCGUAUUUUAAACGUGAAAAUAAAGAGGAAAGAGAGAACGACAGACCUCCGGUUUCUUUCUACAAGCGCGAAAACAUAGAAGGAAAGGAGAACGAGAGACCUCCGGUUUCUUUCUACAAGCGCGAAAAAGAAGACGAAAAGGAGAACAAGAGACCUCCGGCUUCUUACUUCAAGCGCGAAAACGAAGACGAAAAGGAGAACAAGAGACCUCCGGCUUCUUACUUCAAGCGCGAAAACGAAGAUGAAAAGGAGAACAGGAGACCUCCGGUUAUUCACUUCAAGCGCGAAAACGAAGAUGGGAAAGAGAACGACAGACCUCCGGUUUCUUUAUACAAGCGCGAAAACGAAGAGGAAAAGGAGAACAAGAGACCUCCGGCUUCUUACUUCAAGCGCGAAAACGAAGAUGAAAAGGAGAACAGGAGACCUCCGGUUACUCACUUCAAGCGCGAAAACGAAGAUUGGAAAGAGAACGACAGACCUCCGGCUUCUUACUUCAAGCGCGAAAACGAAGACGAAAAGGAGAACAAGAGACCUCCGGCUUCUUACUUCAAGCGCGAAAACGAAGAUGGAAAGAAGAACGAGAGACCUCCGGUUACUUUCUUCCAGCGCGAAAACGAACACGAGAUAGCGGAUGAGAGACAUCCGGUUUCUUUUUACAAGCGCGAAAACGAAGACGAAAAGGAGAACGAGCCAAUUUCUUACAAAAAGGAUGAAAUCUUUGAUAGACCACCGGUUGCUAGUGGCAAAAAAGAAACUCGUGAUAAUUCUGCUGGCGAAGAUAGAGACAUAGAUGAAUAUGAUACUUUGAUGGAACAUCGACGUGCACCAUCUUUGGAAGACGAAAAGUUAACCAACAAAAAGAGAACCAAUGUUCAAAUAAGAGAAGAAAAGAAUUCCAAAAAGGAAUAUCGACCACCUCAUAUGGGAAAACGAAAAUAUGUUAAAGAUUUUGCAUCCGAGAUGGAAAGAGAGCUUGAGGUACGAAAACAAGACACUAACAUUGACCCUCCACCUCCACAUAAAAAAUAUUUUACUAGCGGAAACGACGAGCACAAUGGUUUGAAUGAGCAAGACGACAUUAUAGAUAAUCGAGCCGAAGAAAACGAUUUCACAAAAGAAAAUAAUGGCGAUAGCAAUAACGCCAACAUCGAUACCACUACUACGAAAAAAAGUUCCGACAAAAGGGUGAAAAGAGUUAAAAGGCCGUUUCAACCUUGGAUUAAACUUCUGCGUCCACAACACGAAUUAGUGUAUAAGAAAGUAGCCGAUAAAGAAAAAACCAUACCGUAUUAUCCAUGGAAACGCCGUGCACAUAACGCAAAAGACUUAAAACGUAACUAA